AUGCAGGCCAUGGAGAGGAUGGACAGCAAGUGGAACACCGGACUGAACCGAAAGGUAAAGUCGGAGGAGAAGGUGUCCAAGUCUGGAUCUGAGACCUCCACCAAGGACAGUGGAAGAGCUCAAGUUGUGGGCUCUGGAUGGAAGCAGACGGGAAAAGAGAGCAAACUGGUGAGGUGCAAAGUCCAGGUGAAGAUGGACGUCACCCUACGGGCUAUGCAGGACUCCCGGAAACCUCUGAAGGUCCAGCUGAGAAACCAGAAGCCCAACUGUCUGGGUGACACGGGGAUUGUGGAGGCCGAGACCAAAUCAGAGACCAAUCCCCUGGUAGCCUGCUUGCCCCUGAGGGGAAAAAAGGCCUGCAGCCAGAAAUGGCAGGACGUGAUCCUGGGAUGGACACCAGUUGCCCAGGAAAACAUGGAGAAGUGCUGUGUGCUCCUGUCAGGUAAAAAGGCCUGCAGCCAGAGAUGGCAGAACAUGGUCCUGCAUGGGACACCAGCCAUCCAGGACAAAACAGGGACACGCACUGAGUCCAGCAGCCCAACUCUGUCUGUACUGGAGAAUGAUAACUUGGAGGCCGAAGUACAAAUUGAAAACGCAAAGGAGGGAGAUGUGCAAGAUGAACACCUGCCUCCAUCUGUAAGACUGGAUGACUGCAAUCAGGCAUCAGGAGACUACGCCUGUCGUUUCCACUUCGAUUUGGAGGAUACUUUUUGA